AUGUCUGUUGAUUUGCAAAGUUUACUGAAUUUGAUGUGGUUUGCUGUGUGCUUGGCUGAGGCUCAGUUGUUUGAACAGCCGUUGACAAAUUUGGUAUACACAACCCAUAUACAAAGAGGUUCAGCAGGUCGAAAUGGGAAAACUGCGGUGGAUGUUCAGCGGGCACCAAUACAAAUUAUUGAGCCAGCUCAGUUGCAUCAGCAGCUGAAACAAAUCACAGGGAGCGAAACUUUGGCGCCAUUGUUGUACAAUUUGUUGGGCCAAACUGUGCCAAAUUGGCAAACGCCGACGAAUCAACCACAGCAGCCGCAGCAACAGCAAUUUCAGCAACCUCAGCGACAGCAGCAGCAGCAACGGCAACACUUUUUUGUUUAUGAAAGCCCACAGCCUGUAAGGUUGGUGAGUCAACAACCUCAAAUAUUGCCAGGGUUCAAUGGCGUCAAUGUGCAUCUACAACAACAACAACAGCCAUUGAGUCUGCCAAAGCCAAUUCAGGCUCAACAACAAUAUCCACAAACAGAGCCAAAAAUCGUUAAGGCGCCGCCUGCAAUAGCCUUGCCGGCGCCAAACGUUGAAUAUUCUGCCUAUGCCCCCGCAGAAGGCACUCAACUGUUGGCCUCAUCCCAAGUAAAUGCAACGGAAGCAGUUCCAGAAGGAGUAGCAGCAGCUUGCAUUCCCUGUUGCAGCAAACCAUCGAAUGCAACAGCAACCUCCUCCCCCUCCUCCUGCUCGUGGGACAUCGGCUGUUGUGGCACAACGCCAUUGCUGAGUGCAACAGCUCUAAAGGCGGCUGUCGGUUAAGCUAAGUUUUUAAUUAAACUGCCUGGCAUAAUGAUUAAUAAA